CUUUAAAUUAUAGCCCCACAAAAGGACAAAGUUAUCCUCCCAUCCAUUUGCAGCAUAGUUCACGCCCUCUCCUCACUUAGUGCAUGUGGGUUCAACACUUCAUUCCAACACCCUCAAAUUUCCCUCUUCUCUAUGUAAUGUAAUGUAAUGUAAGUAUGUAUGUAUUUUUGUGUACCACUUUCAUCCAUUUGAUUUACUACUACUAUUUUUAGUGCUCUAUCUCUCUCUCUCUUACUACAUCCCACGAGCUUCCACCUGCUAUUCUCUCUCUUAUUCCAGCUUCUUCUAUAAGCCCAUAACUCACCAACUCAUUUCUUCAAUCAUACCCUUUUUUCAUUACUUCAUUUUCUUACAUACCUCUUUAACUCUCUUUUUAUUCUCUCUCUAUUAUCUCAAUAAUAUUAUGGCUAGAGAAACAAUAACUUGGUUAAGCAGACUGAAAACACAAAUCUCACACAAGCUCAUACAUCCAACUACUACAAAGAUAGCUAGAUCAAAAUCUAGGAAUGUUGGUGUGCUAGCUUUCGAGAUCGCCGGUCUCCUCUCUAAGCUUCUUGCUCUCCACCACUCUCUUUCUGAUAAGAACAUUGUUCGUCUUAAGAACGAGGCUAUCGCCUUAGAAGGUGUACGAAAGAUCGUUUCGAACGACGAGUCUUUCCUUCUAGGACUCGCCUGUUCAGAGAUAGUACAAAACCUUCAUAUCAUAUCUAAGACUGUAGCACGGCUUAGUAGCCGUGCUACAGACCCUACACUUCAGUCCUUUUAUGAGAUUUUGGAGGAUUUUGCCAGUACAGGGCGGGACCAACAUAGUUGGGCCGCCCUGUGUGGGAAGGACCUGGAGGGAUUGGUCCGUAGAGUUGACCGAUACAUCGCAGCUACUGCUGCGUUGUAUCGAGAGAUGGAGGAGCUUAAUUCACUCCAACAUAGUCUAAAGAAAACACCACAAGAGGGUGCGUUAGAGGUACAACAAAAAGUGGUGUGGCAAAAGCAGGAAGUAAAGUACGUUAAAGAAAAAUCACUUUGGAACCGAAGUUAUGAUUCGGUCAUCCUUCUACUAGCUCGCUUAAUCUUCACAGUUCUUGUUAGAAUCAAGUUUGUGUUCGGGAUCGGACAAAGCUACUACUCUCAUCCAAGCACGCUUCCUAGAAGUCUUUCCGCAUCCGCUACUGUCUUUCCCUCUUCAGAUCUGAGCAACCACCUCAAUUAUGUGUCCGGGCCCUUAACAUCCACCCCACUCCGCCCCAACAAGAGGGUAACUGGGAUUACAGCAGGAUUUGGAACCAGAACUGGGUUCUUUGAGUCUAGAAUCAAGAACCUAAAGCCGCCCCCAACAACGUUGGGGGCGGCUGCCCUGGCAUUGCACUAUGCCAAUUUGAUCAUUGUCUUAGAGAAAAUGAUCAAAUCACCACAUUUGGUGGGGCUAGAUGCGAGGGAGGAUGUUUAUGCUAUGCUACCAAAUAGCAUAAGAUCCUCCCUCCGUGCUAGGCUAAAAGGGGUCGGUUUUACAGCAACCGACCCCAUUUUAGCCACAGAAUGGAGGGACGCCCUUGGGCGAAUCCUCGCAUGGUUAGGUCCAUUAGCUCAUAACAUGAUCAAAUGGCAAAGUGAAAGAAGCUUCGAACAGCAAAAUUUGAUGCCGAAAUCAACCAAUGUUUUGUUGUUGCAAACAUUACAUUUUGCCAACAAAGACAAAACUGAAGCUGCUAUUACAGAAUUGUUAGUUGGGUUAAAUUAUAUAUGGAGGUUCGAGCGAGAAAUGAAUGCUAAAGCUUUGCUUGAAUGCUCUAACUUCUUCUUCAAUAACAAGAAUACUUCUCCUAUCAAUUUACAAUAAUCUUGUAUUUUCAAGUUCCCUUAAAUUUUUUAGGGGGUUGCUUUGAUUGAUUUUAGUUCGGAUUUUUAUUAAGGGGUUAAAAUUAGAAUUCAACUCAUGAUAAAUAUGGGUGAAAUGAAUUUUGAGAUCGAUCUCAUUUAUGAUGAGAUUAAAGGGUCUAAUUAAGGUAUAUUUGACCCUCAAUUUGUAUAGUUUGUAGUGCUGUAGUACAAAGAUUGUUGUUGUACAUGGGAUAUUAUGAUGGUUGAGUGAAAUUUAAGUAGAGAAAAAACUUACUUUAAUAACAAGCUCAUGAACUUGUGCUACUUUUAACUAUAUGAUUUUUUGCAACUCAAUAAUUAUAUGAUUUCUUACCCA